AUGCCUGGAGAAGAAUCGUCAGACGAAUCAUUAUUAAUAUUACAAGCCCAAGAAACAGUAGAAAAUUUCUUUAAAACAAAUAAAUUCUGGUCAUUGCUUGAGUUUUUGAAUUUUAGAGCAAAGACCGACUAUUUUACGCGUGAUAAGAGAAAGGAGCAUGGUUUAUAUAAAAAAGCUUUGGAAUUAUUGGAUAACGCUCAAGCUCGAGAAUAUCUUUCCAACUUUGAAGCUAAGUAUAUGUUUGUUGCCACUACAUAUGUUACUACCAUAGCGCAACCGGAUGCCUACGUACCAACUGGUUGUUACACCAAGCUAUGGCUCACUCAUCUUAAUCUUUGUUUUAACGAGAAGUCUUCCGGGGGUGUCCUUGAUUUCUGGACAAUGAUCGAAAAAAAACGAUAUGAAGACAAUAUUGAAAAAGAAUCGCUAGGAUACAUUAAUGACGUAAUCGAUGACGCCGUCAAAGAUUCGAAAGAAGCAAGAACGUUUUUAGCCGAUAAGUUAAAGUCAUUUGUAAAGGGACAUACCGGAAAGCGAAAUUAUGAUCACAUGCAAGACCGUGAAUCACACACAGCGGAUCCCAAGAAGUCCAAAACAGAUUCUACGUUUGGUGUGUCAUUCGAAGAAUACACUACUGUCGUUCACGCCGUCGAAUCUUUACAAGAAGUCAAUGAAUCUGCCCACACUGACCCACUCUGGUGGGGAGUUCUAGAUUUCCGUGAGGAGAAUAUAUCUCCGAGUCCAGACCUCCCUCGCGCUAAGAACUUCCUCUCGACUGAUGAGAUCGAUCGAUUGAUGGGCAUGAUAAAAAGCGCUAUUCAAGAAGAGAAAAAACAUAUUAGUAAAUCGGUAGAAUCCUUCUUGGAGGCGUUAUUACUAUCAGAUAUUGUUAGUCUUCGACUUCUUGCAAAGGAAUGCGGUGCGCGAGGAGUGGCAGGUGUAUGUGAUCUCCUACAGAAAUCUGCGGACAGAAUGCAGGAUGUUUCGGAUAGGAACGUAAUUAAUGAUCAUAUUAAAAAUAUUGAUGUUGACGAUGAAGCUACGAUAUAUGUGGGGAAAUGCAUUGAGGAUACUUAUACGUGGAUCAACUGUUUUCCCGGGCAAUCCCAAUCUGAACGAACCGUUGACAUGUUCCUAAUUGGACCAUGUGCCAAAACCCCACAUACUAUAUUCACUUAUGGUGAAAACCAUUCUGAUGCAGACCGUGAUGACGAAAUAGAGCGUUCUGGAACCCAACGUGUUGGCAAGGCAUGCGAUUUCUUGUAUUGGAGCUCGUCUCGAGAGGCCGGUAUUGGCGAGAAUACCGGGCCAACCCACAAGGACAAUCACGAUAAGGCCAAAACCAAUCUUGUUGACGUGAUCAAGGUUUCCAGAGCGCAACAUAUCGAACUUGAAAACCAAAUAAUUGAGCAGAAUGGCAAAAAUCCUCUACCAGAUAGCCUACAAAAAGGGAUUGCUUCGAUAUUUGUACCGUUCUUUCAAAUAAUCGGAUUUAGAAUUCGUUUCUAUAUUCUUUUUCAAAUUAAUGGACAUCUGUACGGUUUUUGGGAUUGGGCUUCAGAGUUCUUACCAACGAAAGAUGCAGAUGUGGGAGAGCUUGUUCUAUUAUGUAAACGAUUUUUAGUUCACGGGAAUCUUGUGGAACGUGUAGGACAGAUGAUAAGUGUUCUUGCUAAAAAGUCUAAAACCUUCAAAGAUAAAAUAAUUGAUGCCGGAGAGUCUUCCCAAACAACAGUAGAACUAAAUAAAUUACGAACUCCUGCAAAGAAGUCGGAGCGUUCUCAAAA